CGGGUGACGCGCUGACGUAGCGACGGGCGGCGGCGGCGGCAACGGACAGGAUGAGCUGGAUACCUUUCAAGAUCGGUCAACCCAAGAAACAGAUUGUGCCAAAGACUGUAGAGAGAGAUUUUGAACGAGAAUAUGGCAAGCUCCAACAGUUAGAAGAUCAGAUUAAGAAGCUCCACAAGGAUAUGAAGAAGAGUACUGAAGCAGAUGUAGCAAUGUCAAAAUCCGCAGUGAAAAUUUCAUCAGAUCUGUUGGCCAACCCUUUGUGCGAUCAAGACCAAACGUUUAUGGAGACAGUGACUGCUUUGGACACUGCAAUGCGCAGAAUGGAUGCCUUCAAUCAGGAGAAGGUCAAUCAGAUUCAGAAAACAACCAUUGAACCCUUGAAAAAGUUCGGCAAUGUUUUCCCAAGUCUCAACAUGGCAGUAAAGAGACGAGAACAGACUUUACAAGAUUACAAAAGAUUACAAUCCAAAGUGGAGAAGUAUGAAGAGAAGGAGAAAUCUGGACCUGUGCUGGUGAAGCUUCACCAGGUAAAGGAGGAGCUAAGGCCAGUUCGAGAAGAUUUUGAAGCCAAAAACAAGCAGCUUCUUGAUGAGAUGCCAAAGUUUUACAACAGUCGCAUCGACUACUUUCAACCAAGCUUUGAAGCUCUGAUUCGUGCCCAGGUCGUAUACUACACAGAGAUGUCCAAGAUAUUUGGAGACCUCACUAGCCAAAUUGACCAGCAGGGUAUCAGUGAUGAAGAACGACAGAAGGAGAAUGAAGCCAAGCUCAAUGAGCUGCGGGCUCUGUCUAUUGUGGCAGAUGACUGAAUCUUAAAAGUUGUACAUGAACUGAAUACUGAUUCCACACUGGCUUCAGACUCUGACGUUCAGAUUAAUCCAAUCAAUGUGUAGGUGGGAAAUCAUUUGAGAAACUGGUGAAAUGUGGAAUGUCUUUGGACAAUGAUCUAGAAAUCCUACAUUUUUUUUCCUGUUACCCCCCCUUUGUGUCUUUACGGUUUAGAGGGAUGUGGGCCAAACGCGGGCAGGUGGGACGUGUAGAUGGGGCAUCCUGGUCAGCAUGGGCAAGUUGGGCUGAAGGGCCUGUUUCCAUGCUUUGUGA